AUGGGCCCAAUGUUCCGCCAGAGGCAUCAUGACCUUCCCCUCAGCGAGAAGCCGAACAACAGUAGCUCAGAAAGCCUCCAGGAGGACACUCUUACUGGUCCACACAAAAUCACCUAUAGGCCAGGAAAGAAGUGGGACUUCGAGGGAUGCACAGAUAGUGCUUCUAUUGACAUCGACCUAGUCAUGCCACCUCAUCGGCCACGGCUACAACCCGAAAAUCACAGGACAGGAAUGUUCCUGAGCAGCGAAGCAGGAGCCGUCCGCGCGAAAGUCUGCCGACAUGCUCUAAAUCGAUCAUUCAACCUUACAAUCACAGGUGGGCUCAAUACGGAUGUCGUCGUCUGGAUACCUUCAAACUUUACUGGGUUCAUCACUGUUUCCGGGUCACACGCUUCCUUCUCACCAUCAUUCGUCGAGCGCAUCAUGCCAAACGCGCGAAUAAACCAUUCAGUACCGCAAGCAUGGAGAGGAGAUGAAAUCAAUGUCGAGACUGGCGGCCGUGUUGCGUUCCGUGUGUGGGAUGUGCUUUCGAGGCGUGCGGAGCCGGAGAAGUGCAUUGCGCAGCAGAGACGUACUGGUGAUGUCUGGCGCCGGAUGUUUGGUGGUGUUAGCGCAAGCAAUGGAGCAUCGGAGAAGAAGGGACUCCGACAGCAGAGUGUACAGACUUGGGACUGGGAUUUCUUAAUUGAGGAUUGA